CGGCGCGUGGCCGCCAUGUUGCGCAGGAGGGGGAACGCGCUUAGUGUGGUGGGGGGAGCUGUGGUUGUCACAUCGCGGUCGGUGCUUGUGUUUGUCGGGUCUACGUGCGGGUGCGUGUUUACAGCGAGUGAGUGGAUAACUUUGUGGUGCUAGUUUUGUGGUGUUGUGAACUAGGGUGCUUCAGGUUUUCAGUAUGUUGAAGGUGAAUGAAGUUGUAGAUAGUGAGUGCACACGGUGCGUUGCAUAGUGCUUUCAGGUGACCAAUGUUAUUGUGAAGGGGAAGACAACGUCUGGCCUUAUGAAAUCCAGGUGGAGUGUACUAUUUUGUUCUGACACACAGGAGCUGUAUUUCACAAGAAAAUAAAAUUGUGCAGUUCGUAGCUCCUACAAUCAAGAAGUGUCUUUCUAAAAUCGAUAGCACAUGGAGUCAUUCGCAGCUGUCAUUUAAUCUUAGUGAGGCGAACCAUGUGCCUAAUGGUGUUGUAGGCUCUAUAAUAAGUCGUAAAUAUGUUUAAUUUCAUGAAGAAAGGGGCGGCGGAGAAGGAGGAAAAGGAAAAGAGGAAAAAGGAGAAGAAAGAACGGAAAGAAAGUAAGAAAAGGGAUCGUGGCAGUAUGACUACAGAGGAGUUACUCCGACUUGAUGAAGUGAGACGUUCUUUGAAAAUUCGCGGCCGUCGAAAAGAAAAAGAGAAGCUGCCCAGUGGCAUCACGGCCGACUACACCGCGAGUUUCUUCGCCGGCCUGGAGCACGGGCCGGAGUACGCCGGAGGCUCCAGUAGCCUUCCGGGCCACAACUUUUCGGGGACGACAGGCACCCCCGUGCACUCCUCGGGCGUCAAUUCGUCCUGGGUUCGCAGCGGCGACACUCUCACUCAAAGCGACAGCAGCGAAGCGAGCCUCACGUCGCUCAACAACCCAACCACCUCCCAACACCGCUCUCUACCGCCUUUGCCGCCAAAACCCCCGAAAAGGGGCAUUCUGAAGGGCCCCAGACUACAUCUGAGUGGUGUCAUUAGUGAAACAACAACAACAACAGUGGUGCAGAAUGGUGGUGGUGAAAACCAUACCGAUUCAAACAGUGUGCUUGUUCGUAAUACGCUUCAAAACGAAGUAAUCACUUACCAAAACGUACCUCAGGCUAUGAAUAAUUGCAGUAAGCUUACAAUCAGUAGUACAAAUAUAAGUGUGAUGAAAGAAUCACCUUCCGGUGAAGGGUUCUCAGGUGUAAGGAAAAUUUCAGACGGAAAAUCCGAUUUCCAGCUGACAAGUCCUGUUGAUUCGAGUCGUGCAAGUGACGAAAACAUACCGUCGUCGAUGGGGAGUGCUGAUCAGAAUUCCUACCUCUCUCCUCCCAUUACAGUCGCUACGAAUAUAGAAAUUACCAACAAGCUUUUAACAGUGACAAGUGCAAGUCCCAGUGCUGACAGCUUGACUGACACGACAACAACAAACAGCAGUUUCGCCACUCCGCCGUUCAGUUUGAGCCCUAUUGGGGAGAGUCAGGGAUUCGCCAACUUCCACAACCGAUGGAAUCGAUAUUCAUCCGGAGGUCUGGAGGAUUCCCUGAGCGACUUGCCUCUACCGGCCAUCAUCCCCGUUCCUUUGCCGAGACCACGUGUAUUGACGGUCCAGAGGCAACCACCGCCCAGAAAUGAUUUCGGCUUCUCGCUACGAAGAGCAAUGGUGGUCGAGCGCUUAGCGAACGGGCAAACCAAAACCGUCAUCUUCGCCGAACCCGGCACCAUCGUGCAACACAACAACGAAACCGGGUUGCUGCCAGGAGAUCGGCUCCUGGAAGUGAACGGCAUUGUUGUUGACGACAAGAGCCGCGAAGAAAUUAUUGACCUCAUCAAGUCUUCUGGGAGCAGCGUCACAGUCAAGGUGCAGCCGGUGCCCGAGCUGUGCGAGCUGACGCGGCGGUCGGCGCAGGACGGGUCGGCGGUGGAGCUGGCGGACGACAACAUCCGCGGCGGCACGCUGCGCCGCUCCGGCAGCCGACGCUUCCGCGCCGCCAACACGGCGCGGUCGGAGGAGCUGCUGGCGAGCGAGCGCGCGUGGCUGGAGGCCGAGCGCCUGUGGCUGGCGCACCGCGCAGGCUUCACCGCGUGCCGCCGCCUGCCUCCCGACCAUGCCCUCUCCCCGGCGCCGCCCUCGCCCUCGCCCGCACCCUCGCCGUCGCCCACCGCUGCCGACGCCCCCGACGGCCACCCCGACGCCCUCGCCCACGCCCACGCGGGCAAGGUGCCCGUGCGCGUCGAGGCCUCCGGGGAGACGCUGCUCGUCGACGAAGAUGACGUCGAGAAGGCCAACCCGCCGCAGUUCGACCGCGCGGAGGACCUGGCGCAGCUGCGCUACCUCAACGAGUCCAGCGCCCUGCAUACGCUGCGCCAGCGCUUCGGCAGCAACCUCAUCCACACGUACGCAGGCGGCUCCAUGGUGGUUGUCAACCCCAUGGCGCCCCUCGNAUGCUACUGCAGGUGGUGCACAUGUUCCGUGGAUGCAAGUCUGAAGAUAUGCCUCCACAUAUCUACGCAGUGGCUCAGUCUGCAUACCAGAGUAUGCUUCAGUCUCGCCGGGACUCAUCUGUGGUAUUUCUUGGCCGGAGUGGUAGUGGCAAAACUACUAAUUUUAGACAUGUUUUACAGUACCUGGUGCUUGCUGCUGGCUCAGUCAAUAAGGUGAUGACAGUUGAGAAGCUUAAUGCAAUUGGAACUGUUCUAGAGUCCUUCGGUAACUGUCGAACUGUACUCAAUAGCAAUGCUACACGUUUCACCCAAAUCUUCAGUCUUGAUUUUGAUCAGUCAGGACAAAUUGCUUCUGCUUCCCUGCAGACUCUGUUGGUGGAGAGAACUAGGGUAUCUCGAAGACCACAGGGUGAACCUACCUUCCACAUUUUUUAUCGAUUACUUGCUGGUGUUGAAGGUUCAUUGAGGAAAGAGUUGUUCUUGGAUAAUAUAGGAGUAGAACAAAAUCUGUUCAUGACUUCCCUUCAAAAGCAUGAAGAUAAACAAAAGGCUUUAGUAGAUUUCACUAGAGUACAAGGAGCAAUGGAAGUACUAGGUAUUUCUCAGUCAGAAGCAAAGGUGCUGUGGUUCACUCUUGCAGCAAUUUACCAUUUAGGUGUAGCUGGUGCUGUAAAAGUUGGAAAUAGCAGUAGCGGUCGAUGGCAGUUUGCAAAUCCUCGCUCAGCACAGUAUGCUGCUCAUCUGCUAGGAACCACUGUGGAAGAAUUAGCAAGGACACUGUUCGGUCAAGGUCAAGGAGUUGUUGGUACUCCAUCCACUCCUCGAACUCCAUUCCGAACUCCAUCACCCACUGAGAGAGCAAAUGACAGAGAGGUGACAGGAAUGGAAGCUCUUGAAGGUCUUGUUACAGGCCUCUAUGGGGAAGUUUUUAAUGCAGUUGGAGCCCUUAUUAACAGAUCAAUAUCAGCUCCAAUCCACACUGUAUCUUCAUUAGUUGUUGUUGAUACUCCUGGAUUUCAAAAUCCUGCAUCUUGUGGACAGCAGGGAGGUGCCACUUUUGAAGAUCUGUGUCACAACUACUUGCAAGAACGGCUCCAGCUACUUUUCCAUCACACAAUGCUUGUGGCUCCCAGGGAUAGAUAUGCUCAGGAACACAUAGACGUAAACUUGGACGAGGGUGAAGGGGAGGGCUGCUCUCCACAAAGGCUGGUGGCUAUGAUGGAUAGAGCAGCUCAGAGUGCUGUUGUUCGCUCCUCUCAGACGGAUUUGCGUCAGUCUGAUCGUCGGGGGCUGCUGUGGCUUUUGGAUGAGGAAGCUGUGCAACCAGCAGCCAGUGACGAGGGCUUCUUAGAAAGACUCUUUGCCCAUUAUGGAGACAGAGAGCAUCAACUACUCUUAAGAAGAGCUCCUGGAAACAACCAAUUUGUGCUUCAACACUUGCAAGGCACAAAUCCAGUCUUAUACACUGCCACUGGUUGGUUGAAAGUGUCUCGUGAGAAUCCUAUAGCUCGUUGUGCUGCUACAAUUUUACAAGAAUCCUCAAAGGAGGAAGUUGGCCAGUUGUUUAUGAGCAUCCGUGGAACUGGAGUGUCAAGUACUCUUGGUGGCUCAGUUGUGGGUAUUGAAGGUACACAAUCUCUGAGAAGAGCCUCAAGCAUCCGCAGAACCUUCACAACUGGCACUGCUGGUAUCAAACGUAAAUCUGUGUGCCUGCAAGUGAAGUUCACUGUGGAUGGACUUAUUGAAACUCUUCGUAGAACCAAGUUGAACUUUGUGCACUGUUUCCUUCCACAACAUAAUGCAGGAUCUUGUGACAUGAAAGGUGGCUCCUUAAGUCGUGCCAUGGCCAACAUGAGUCCAGAGGAAGCACUUAUCAAUAUACCUCUGAUACGUUCUCAGCUGAGAGGUGCUCAGUUGUUGGAUGCUAUCAGAUUGCACAAACAAGGAUUUCCAAAGUUUUUGCCUCUCUCGGAAUUCCAAAGAAGAUUCAGAUUACUUGCACCUGCUGAUGGACGUCCUUCAAGCCCUGUUCUGGACGAAAGGCGUGCUGUGGAGGACAUGCUGCUGGGCAUUGAUGUGGAUGGUGCUUCUUAUCGCAUCGGCCUCAGUCAGAUAUUUUUUCGAUCUGGUGUACUUGCCCAACUGGAAGCCCAGCGGGACGAGCGAUUGACAGAUCAUGUGGUGCAACUUCAAGCACGCUGCCGGGGGUACCUGGCGAGGCGCAAACUUGCCAAAAUUAAGAUUCAGGAUAUGGCUGUUCGUUGCAUACAACGAAAUGUAAGGAAGUUCUUAUUAGUUCGAGAGUGGCCAUGGUGGCGAUUGCUUGUAAGAGUUGUCCCUUUAUUGAAUGUUCAUAGAACAGAAGAACAAUUACGACAAAAAACAGAAGAACUGGAAGCACUUCGUGUAAAAGUUGAAGCUUUAGAGCAAGAACGAAACCACCUGAAACAUGAUAAUGACAGACUAGAAGCAAAGUUAAGUGAAAUGACUGCAGAUCUAGCUGAAGAACACUCAACGGCCACAUUGGCCACUGAACGACUGGAAGUUGAAACAUCAGAACGCCUAAGACUAGAAAAAGAGCUCCAAGAUGUUCAGAGUCAAAACAAGAACUUAAGCCAGCAGGGUGAAAGGCUGGAGAUGGAACUCCUCUGUCUCAGGGCUGCAGAUAUGAAUGGAGUGCUGGGCUCAGAGGAAGAUGAAGAUGGAGAAGGGGACACGGAAGUGUACAAACAGCGCUAUGAGCGAACAAUGCGGGAGUUGGAGUUCACCCGAAGAAGAUUGCAACAGCAGCAUGAAGAUGACUUGGAGCAGCUGGUGGCGUUGAAGAAACAGCUUGAAAAGAAGCUGGCUGAUGCUUAUGAGGAGGUUGAAGAGCAAAGGCAAGUUGUUGCUCAGUGGAAGAGGAAAGUACAAAAGCUAAAUGCUGAUCAUAAUGAUCUGCAUCUUCUGCUUGAGGAACAGAAUUCAAGGAAUAACCUUCUUGAGAAGAAACAGCGAAAGUUUGACUCAGAAUUACAAUUGCUCCAAGAUGAAUUACGACAAGAAAAACAACAGCAUGAAAGGGCAUCAAGGGAAAAGGAGAUAGCACUUGCUGAAAAGUAUUCUCUGGAACAAAAUAUCUCUGGCAUUCGAUUGGAGCUUGAACUGAAGGAAGAUCGUGUGAGUUCUUUAACUCAAGAGUUGGAUGAACUCAUGUUUGGUGGCAAAACGGAGGAAGAAGUAGCCCAUCUUAAAAAGAACAAACAUGAGUUGGAGAAGAAACUUAAGGAACAGGAAGAAGAACUGGAUGACCUUGCUGGACAGGUUCAGCUCUUGGAACAAAGUAAACUGCGUCUAGAAAUGUCAUUAGAGCAGCAACGAAAAGAAGCUCGACGAGAAUUAUCUCAGCGUGAUGAAGAAUUGGAGGAUGUUCGAUGCAAUGCACAAAAGAAAGUUAAAGCUCUGGAGGCGCAACUGGAAAGUGAGCACGAGGAGCGCACCCAGCUGGUCAGGGAGCGGCAUGAUCUGGAGCGGCGACUGGCAGUGCUGGAGGAGCAGAAUAGGAAUGCGCGGGUCACUGACGAGGACACACUCCAUCGAUUACGCAGGGACUUGCGGCGCACCAAAGCCCUCCUGCGUGAUGCACAGACCAUGUUGGAACGUGCACGUGGAGAAUCCCCUGGAAAAGUUGUCAUCCGACAACUCAGAAAUCAGCUGGAGGACACAGAGGUGGCUCGGGCAGCGGCUGUGAAAGCUCGUCAGGCAGCUGAAUUGGAGUUGGCAGAGACGCAAGCGCAGUUAGAGGAAGUGCAGAGGGCACGCCAGGAUGCAGAGGAACGAGCCUCUGCAGUGGCCAGAGAGCGCUCAGAGCUGCAGUCGCAGCUAGAAGAAAAUGAAGAAGAACUUGCAGAGGUUCUCAAGAAGUACAGAGCAGCUGUGCAGCAGCUGUCUGUAGACCAGAUGGCUCUUCAAGAACAAGCUGGUAGAGUUGCUGAGUUAGAGAGUGAGAGAGCAUCUCUGAAAGAACAACUUGCAGAAAUGGGAUCUCGUCUUGAAAACAUGGAGACCCUGGGAGACCCUUCAUCAUCUCUUGCUCAAAAGCGCCUUGAGCUUCGUGCUAAGGAGCUGGAGUCCAAGCUAGAACUUGAGCAAACUACAAGAUCUAGACUUGAGGUUCAAAUCACACGCUUGAAAGAGGCAGUGGAGAAGCUGCAGGAUGAGAUUGCUAGCUUGCGCACCAAGGAACAAGCUGCUCAGGAUGCCGCAAGGCGGCUGCAAAGGCAAUUACGUGAAGCCCGAGAAGAACAGGCUGCAAUUGUGGCAAGAGAAUCAGAAGGGGCACAUCGGAGGCGGGAGCUUGAGAAGCGCCUAGAAGCGGCAGAGGCAGAAGCUGCAGGUGCUAGAGGAGAUUUGCGACUAGCACUUGCUCGCAUUGAAGACUUGCAGGCUGCCAUGCAGGGUGAGCUGGAAGAGGAAUCGAGUGGCAGUGACCCAGAUCGCACUGAGAGUGACCAUGAUAGUGAUGGCUCAGAUGAAUCAAUUAACACCUUCCUGGCUAACCACAAAGUCAGAAUGAAUUCCAGCCCGAGGUCUAAUAGGCCAUCGUUGGAUCUGGAUGUGUCUCCAAGGUCCUUGGAGGUGCCAGUGAAGAAGUCAGCUGAACCUGGAGGGAAGGAGUCAUUUGCCUGAAAGUUGUACAACUGCGGCUGGCUGUACAGCAGCAGCUUCAUGACAUGUUUCCAUUUCCAGGCUGACAAAGUGUAGGAUGGGGCCCUGUUUCUUUGUGAUGUUUUAAAUAUAGAUUCACAUUGCAGUGGAUGCCUUUCUGAAAGGCUGUUCAUUAGCGGUGAAGCAUAGGUGUCCUAGACCUCACCCUUUUGCAAAUUGAAACCAUGAAUGUUUUAGUUUGCUGCCAUUAAAGUCUGAGGAUUGUAUUGUACAUUCAUUUGCAAUUUUAUUUUAAAUUGCAAAUUUUCUGAUGAUCAGUAUAUUAUGACUGCAAUAAUUUGGGCUCGUUUUGCCUAAGGAACUUGUACCUACUGCUCUCUAUGUAAUUAUUCUUAUGUCAGAUAUUCAGAGCCUAGGAUAGGGAAUAUCUCAAGGUUUUUGAUCUACCCAUUGGUAAAAUUUUGCUAAAAAAUUCUUUGAACUUCAUAUAAAUAAUGAAUGUGUGUCAGUUUAGUACUUGUCAUUUCUUCCAGAUAUGUACUUUUGUGGAAAAAUGAAUAUUGGAAACAUUAUAUUUAUAUAUAAAUAAGUAACUAUAUGUAAGUACAACCAUAAGAAUCCCUGUGUCAGUAGCAUACCAUAUUUUAAUUUAUCACAAAAUGGCUUUCCAGUUUUGGGAAAGUUCAUUCUUUCAUGUCUUCGUAGUUCCAAUGUCAUUCCUUUCAUAAGAAAGUAUGUUCAACUAUGCAUAUGGUUUUGAACAUGAUGUUAUUCAUUACACUAUGAGCAGUGCUCUCAUUUGUAUUGCUAAUAUAAUGUGUUGUUGAUCUGUGAACAUGUGUUAUUUUAUUUCACUUCUUUCCUCCUCCUUAUACAGAGAACUUUAAGAUAAUGUAUCUUUGCACAUUACUUUUGUUGUAUUGAAGUGAAAUUUGAAGACAACAGUUGAUGGUAAUCUUAAUUACUUGAAAGACAAUGUAUCAAAUAAAUAAACCAACAAACAAACAAUCAAACAAAACGGCCUGAAGUGUCCAAUUGCUUGAAAUCGUUACAUGCAAGUUGAUCAAGUUAAGAUGCUAAAUCUAUCUGAAUUGAUACACUAGAAUUGAUGUAUCUCUGACAGGAUGACCACUUUCUGAAAAACAUGGAAAAAAGAAUUAAUUUGUCUGGAAAUGUCGGGGAAAAGUUA